CUUAUAAAAAGCCUGCACUUAGGUUAACCUAUUAUUAUUAUUAUUAUUAUUAUCGCCAAGAAACUGCACAGUACUGACCUUACCUUAAAGCUAUGUUUAGGUUAGGUGUUUAAUUGUCAAAAUCAGAAUUCUUGUUUAAAUGUGCAUUCAUUAAAGAGCUAUGUAGUAUGUUGCAUUGUGAAAUGCAUACAUGCAAAAGUGCUCUGUUCUUAGGGAAAUAAAAGAUCAGAGUGCUGCUGGCAUAGAAUGCUGGAGACACAUGAGAUGAGCUGACUAGCAAUAAGACCCUGAAGCCUGUGGCACUGUCUUGAGCAAGGCAGUGCAGCCUCUGCAUAUACUAGAAGGGAAGGAAGUCAUUAGUGUAGAGGAGUACAUUUUGUUGGUGUUGCAGGAUUUCCUUCCAGCAUUUCCCAACCAAAAUUCCAUGGUUUUUAGGGAAUUUUGUUGUUGUUUCUGUUUUCAGUUAAUUGGGAGCCCUUAGAAGUGCCCACACAGCACCAUUCCUGCUCACAUUGCUCUCAGGAUCUCAGGCAAAGCAGCAGAUUUUUCAUCUCUUAUGGGACCGGACCUUGGAAUUUACUUUUUUUGGAGGAAAGAUGCAGGAAGGCGGCUGUAAAUCUUUGCGCACAACUGCAAAGCUGCCUGGAGGACAGUGAGUUUCAGAGAAGGGGGAUCAGACUGUGGACAUGAGCAAAUCAGAUGUAUACUGGGCAACCUGAACCAACAGGACACUUCUGGCUUUUGGAUUGCAGAUGUGAGCAUUUGUGACAAAAGAAAACUGCUGUAAUCUGGGCUACAAAAAAGGCAUCUUUUUUCCCCUAGCACCAUGAAACCCUGGAUGUUAUAUCACAGCAGCAUACUGCCUUCGCUCCUUCUAUGAUCUGCUUACCAUUCUUCUUAUUUCGGGCUUUCUUUAAAAAAAAAAGAAAAAAAAAUAUUUUCUGCUUUGGAUUUGUCAAAGAGGAAACUGGAAUCACAGUCUCAGGUUUUAUUUAUUUUUUUUGCUUUUUAACAUUUUGGUUUCCCAAAAAAAAAAAAAGUGAAUAUGCUCCAUGUUUAAAGGGGAAAGAAGCAUGACUAUCGCCAACUGUAUAAUCCUCAUUUUUGCACCUAUCUUUCAUAUAUCUUGAUGCUCAACAUUUUUGCCUUCAAAUAUGAUGAAAUGGCAGCCCCGGAAGAAGGCAUACUUCAGACAGGGUGUAGCCCUCCAGUAUCUCGGUCGCCAUGCGGAUGCACUGGCUGCAUUUGCUUCCGGCUUAGCUCAGGAUCCCAAGAGUUUACAGCUUUUGCUUGGCAUGGUGGAGGCAGCAAUGAAAUCGCCCAUGAGAGAAUCUCUGGAACCAACCUAUCAGCAGCUACAAAAGAUGAAACUGGACAAGAGCCCCUUUGUCGUUGUGUCAGUGAUCGGACAAGAACUACUGACUGCAGGACAUCAUGGUGCCUCAGUGGUUGUUUUAGAAGCUGCGCUGAAAAUUGGAACUUGCAGCUUAAAACUGAGGGGCUCAGUGUUUUCUGCGCUGAGCAGUGCUUACUGGUCUCUUGGCAACACAGAGAAAAGUACGGGAUAUAUGCAACAGGACUUGGAUGUGGCAAAGACUCUAGGUGACCAGACGGGAGAAUGCCGAGCCUAUGGAAAUAUGGGAUCUGCAUUCUUUUCCAAAGGAAACUUUCGGGAGGCACUUACUAACCACAGGCAUCAGCUUGUUCUUGCCAUGAAACUGAAGGAAAGAGAGGCAGCAUCAUCUGCCUUGAGCAGCUUGGGUCAUGUCUACACUGCAAUCGGAGACUACCCCAAUGCACUGGCGAGCCACAAGCAGUGUGUCCUCCUAGCUAAACAAUCCAAAGAUGAACUUUCUGAAGCCAGAGAACUGGGCAACAUGGGAGCAGUCUAUAUUGCUAUGGGGGACUUUGAAAAUGCAGUCCAUUGUCAUGAACAACAUUUAAAAAUUGCUAAAGAACUUGGAAACAAACGUGAGGAAGCCCGGGCUUACAGUAACCUUGGCAGUGCCUUUCACUACAGAAGAAACUUUGACAAAGCAAUGUCCUACCACAACCAUGUACUGGAACUUGCACAGGAAUUGCCGGACAAGGCGAUUGAGAUGCGAGCCUUUGCAGGUUUAGGGCAUGCUGCGAGAUGUAUGCAGGAUUUGGAGAGGGCUAAACAAUACCAUGAACAGCAGUUAUCCAUCGCAGAAAGUCUCAAGGACCGGGCAGCUGAAGGAAGAGCUUCUUCCAAUUUGGGAAUAAUUCACCAGAUGAAAGGAGAAUUUGAUACUGCACUGAAACUACAUAAAACUCACCUUUCCAUCGUUCAAGAACUAAAUGAUUAUGCAGCCCAGGGCAGGGCAUAUGGCAACAUGGGAAAUGCAUACAAUGCACUUGGAAUGUACGACCAAGCAGUUAAAUAUCAUCGGCAAGAGCUUCAGAUCUCUAUGGAGGUCAAUGACCGAGCUUCGCAAGCAUCUACACAUGGGAAUUUAGCUGUAGCAUACCAGGCGUUAGGUGCACACGACAGAGCAUUACAGCAUUACCAAAACCAUCUAAAUAUUGCUCGGGAACUGAGAGAUAUACAGAGUGAAGCUCGAGCACUUGGCAACCUUGGAAAUUUUCAUUGCUCUCGUGGAGAAUAUAUGCAGGCUGUACCUUUCUAUGAACAGUACCUAAGGAUAUCUCCUGAUUUACAAGAUAUGGAGGGUGAGGGGAAGGUAUGCCAUAAUCUUGGCUAUGCACAUUAUUGCCUUGGGAACUAUCAGGAUGCUGUGAAAUACUAUGAGCAGGAUCUUGCACUAGCAAAGGAUCUCCACGACAAACUAAGCCAAGCCAAGGCAUAUUGCAACUUGGGUCUAGCUUUUAAAGCAUUAAUGAACUAUAAUAAAGCGGAGGAUUGCCAGAAAUACCUUUUGUCUUUGGCACAGUCCUUGAAUAAUUCUCAAGCAAAAUUCCGUGCACUUGGAAACCUUGGUGAUAUUUUUGUUGCUAAGAAAGAUAUAAAUGGUGCAAUAAAAUUUUAUGAACAGCAGUUGAGUUUAGCCCAUCAUGUCAAAGACAGGCGACUGGAGGCAAGCGCUUAUGCUGCUUUAGGCAGCGCUUACAGAAUGAUACAAAAAUACGACAAAGCACUGGGAUAUCACACACAAGAGCUAGAAGUUUUUCAAGAGUUAAAUGAUUUACCAGGUGAAUGCAAAGCUCACGGUCACCUUGCAGCAGUAUAUAUGUCUCUAGAAAAAUAUACCAUGGCCUUUAAGUGUUACGAAGAACAGCUUGAACUUGGGCAAAAGCUGAAAGAUCCUAGCAUAGAGGCUCAGGUCUAUGGAAACAUGGGCAUCACCAAAAUGAACAUGAACGUAAUGGAGGAAGCCAUUGGCUAUUUUGAACAACAGCUAGCAAUGUUGCAACAGUUGAAUGGAAAUGAUUCCAUGUUGGACAGAGGUCGAGCUUAUGGGAAUUUAGGGGAUUGUUAUGAUGCUCUGGGGGAUUAUGAAGAAGCAAUAAAAUAUUAUGAACAGUACUUAUCUGUAGCCCAGAGCUUAAAUCGUUUACAAGAUCAGUCCAAGGCUUACAGAGGUCUAGGGAAUGGACACAGGUCUUUGGGGAAUUUGCAGCAGUCUCUUGUAUGCUUUGAAAAGAGACUUGUGGUUGCUCAUGAACUGGGGGAAACGUCAAACAAAGCCCAGGCAUAUGGAGAGCUGGGAAACUUGCACAGUCAGCUAGGAAAUUAUGAGCAAGCAAUAUCCUGUCUAGAACGUCAAUUAAAUAUUGCCAGAGAAAUGAAGGACCAGAUACUUGAAAGUGAUGCAGCCUGCGGUCUGGGUGGAGUGCAUCAGCAGAUGGGGGAAUUUGAUAUGGCAUUACAGUACCAUCAACUGGACCUGCAGAUAGCAGAAGAAACAAAUAAUCCCUCAUGUCAAGCUCGAGCAUAUGGAAAUCUUGGACUAACUUAUGAAUCCUUGGGUAACUUUGAGCGAGCUGUUGUUUAUCAAGAGCAGCACCUUAGUAUUGCUGCAGAAAUGAACGACUUAGCUGCAAAGACUAUAGCCUACAGUAGUUUGGGAAGGACCCACCAUGCCUUGCAGAACUACUCACAGGCCGUUAUGUACUUACAGGAAGGCUUGAGGUUAGCAGAACAGCUGGGCCGUAGAGAAGAUGAAGCCAAAAUAAGACAUCGUCUCGGACUUUCGCUUUGGGCUAGUGGAAACCUGGAAGAAGCUCAACACCAACUUUACAGAGCUUCAGCGUUAUUUGAAACAAUAAGACAUGAAGCCCAGCUCAGCACUGAUUAUAAGCUUUCCCUGUUCGAUCUGCAAACAUCAUCAUAUCAGGCACUGCAGCGGGUGCUAAUCAGUCUCGGGCAUCAUGAUGAAGCUUUAGCAGUAGCAGAAAGAGGAAGAACAAGGGCAUUUGCAGAUCUUCUAGUAGAAAGGCAGACCGGCCAGCAAGAUUCUGAUCCUUACUCGCCUGUGACCAUUGAUCAGAUCUUGGAAACAAUCAACAGUCAGAGGGGUCUAGUGCUGUACUUUUCAUUAGCUGCUGGUUAUCUGUACAGCUGGCUCCUUGUUCCUGGUUCUGGAAUCUUGAAGUUCCAUGAACAUUACUUAGGAGAGAUCUCGAUGGAGAACACCAGUGAGUUCAAUGAAUCAGGCAGCAUGAGUUUUCAAGGCUCUAACAACUCUGUUUUAGAACAGUACAUUGCUAAUGUCCGAGAAACAUUAGGAGUGGACUCGUACUACACCAGGACUUGUGCUAGCAGUGAGACUGAAAGUGAGGCUGGAGAUUAUAUGGACCAACAAUAUGAUGACCUUAACAAUAAAAUCAACUCUGCUACAGACCCUACCGGAUUCUUAAGAAUGGUUAGCAGAAACAACACGUUUAACAGAAGUUGCCAAAGUAUGACAAGUCUUUUCAGUAAUACCAUGUCACCUGUGAAGGACAACACAUCUUCUCUUUCUCGAAAGCAAAGCUCUUUCAGUAAACCACCUCUGCGGGCUCUCUAUGACUUGCUCUUGGCUCCAAUGGAAGGGGGUCUCAUGCAUUCCAGUGGCCCAGUGGGCAGGCAUCGACAGCUCGUGUUGGUGUUAGAAGGAGAGCUCUAUCUCAUUCCUUUUGCUUUGCUCAAAGGGAGCUCAUCAAAUGAGUACCUUUAUGAACGCUUCAAUCUCAUUGCUGUACCUUCCAUUCGAUCUCUCAGUAUCAAUUCCAAGUCUCACUUCCGGAAGAAUGUUCCAAUGUACUCAAAUUCUACCUCAAUGGCGGCUGUUGUGGGCAACCCCAAACUUCCUCCAUCAGUAAUGGAUAGAUGGCUUUGGGGACCAAUGCCUUCAGCAGAAGAAGAAGCCUAUAUGGUGGCAGAGCUACUUGGAUGCCAACCGCUUGUUGGAAAUUUAGCAAUGAAAGAAAAAGUCAUGAGUGCCCUUUCUCAAGCAGAAUGUGUCCACUUUGCCACUCACAUCUCAUGGAAGCUAGCGGCUAUUAUUUUGACGCCAAACAGCGAAGGUGUUUCGGGAACAACCAAAACAUUUGGCAAUACCUAUACAAUUCCUGAAUCUCUGCAAAUGCCGGAUGAUGCCAGCGAUGUAGAAAGCAUUUCAGACUGUCCCCCUCUCCAGGAAUUUUUGCUGACUGCAGCAGAUGUUUUGGAUCUUCGGCUCCCCGUAAAAUUAGUUGUUCUUGGUUCUUAUCAGGAAUCCAGCAACAAGGUUACAGCAGAUGGUGUUAUUGGCUUGACGAGAGCCUUUUUGGCUGCAGGAGCUCAGUGUGUCCUCGUAUCCCUCUGGCCUGUUCCUGUGUCCGCUUCAAAAAUGUUUGUUCAUGCGUUUUACUCAUCUCUCCUAAAUGGAAUGAAAGCAAGUGCAUCGCUCUCUGAAGCAAUGAAAACAGUGCAAAGUAGUAAGCAAUACUCACAUCCAUCAAACUGGGCAGGAUUCAUGCUCAUUGGAAGUGAUGUGAAGCUCAACAGCCCAUCCUCACUGAUUGGACAAGCCUUGUCAGAAAUCCUUCAAAACCCAGACAGAGCAAGGGAUGCCCUCAGAGUCCUACUACAUCUGGUUGAGAAGUCCUUGCAGCGAAUUCAGAAUGGACAGCGGAAUUCUAUGUAUACAUCUCAACAGAGCGUGGAGAAUAAAGUUGGCGGAGUUCAAGGCUGGCAGUCAUUGUUGACAGCUGUAGGGUUUCGUCUGGACCCUCCAUCCAGCGGGCUUCCUGCAGCAGUGUUCUUCCCAACUUCUGAUCCUGGUGAUCGUCUGCAGCAGUGCAGUACCACCAUACAGUCACUUCUAGGUUUGCCUCAUUCGGCCCUUCAGGCACUUUGUAAGCUCAUAACUGCUUCAGAAACUGGAGAACAGCUUAUCAAUCGGGCUGUUAAAAAUAUGGUUGGAAUGCUACAUCAAGUUCUUGUUCAACUUCAGGCUGGAGACAAAGAACAUGAUUUCUCAUCAGCACCCAUUCAGGUGUCCAUCAGUGUUCAGCUGUGGAGACUUCCAGGAUGUCAUGAAUUUUUAGCAGCUUUGGGCUUUGACCUGUGUGAAGUUGGCCAAGAGGAAGUCAUUCUGAAAACAGGCAAACAAGCUAACAAGAGGACAAUGCAGUUUGCUUUACAGUCUCUUCUUGCACUCUUUGAUUCUACAGAGCUUCCCAAGCGCCUUAGUCUUGACAGUUCUUCAUCACUUGAAUCGCUGGCUUCUUCUCAGUCUGUUUCCAAUCCAAUGCCUCAAGGAUAUCCAGGUCAUCCAUUCUCACCACCUUGCCCAGACGGCAUGGCUUCAGAUGCUAUAUCUGUCUACAGUCUGAGCUCAAUUGCCUCUUCAAUGAGUUUUGUUUCUAAACCUGAGUGUCUACUAGAGGGAGACCAAAAAAUGCGUCAUGAUCAUGAAAGGCCAAAAAAUAUUUAUUCUCUUAGAACCUCAGCGUCAAGAAGCCAGUCUUCCCCUCAAUCCAACAUUUCACUUGGCAAGGAAGAGCAGGAAGAAUAUGAUGGAUUUUCUAUCAUAAGCAACGAACCACUCCUUUCAUAUACAGAAAACACCGAUUCUGGCAUCAAACAGGAUUGUCUUCAAGAAAGCAUUCAUGUGUCUGUUAAUCCUAAAGGUAGUAUAAGUACACCCAACUCCCCUGUCAAGUUGGCUUUAAUUCGAAGUCCAAAUUCUCCUUUUCAGAAAGUUGGAAAGCUUACAAGUUCUGAUACUGGAGAAUCUGAUCAGUCUAGCACCGAAACUGACAGUACAGUUAAAUCUCAAGAAGAGAACCAAAAGCUUAAUCCUGAAGAGCUGGCUCAAAAAAUAUUAGAGGAAACCCAAAGUCAUUUAAUAGCCGUUGAACGACUUCAAAGAAGUGGCAGUCAGGUGAUUAAGAGGAGCAAUUCGGCUGAUGGUACUUCAACUCCAAAUGGUGGCUCUAGUUUCAGAUCUUCUGAAACAAGUGCUUUUAGCAGACCUGUUCAGAAAGGAAUGCCAUCCCCUGUUACUGUAAAACCAAAGCCUCCAACAAGGAGUUCUUCUCUUCAGAAAGUAAGCUCAGGCUAUAAUAGCCCAGCAAACUCAGAAACAUCAUUAAAGGAAGGGAUAAGCAUUCAUAGUGGUCAAGCUUCACCAAGCUCAGAUUCUCCACACUUCAGACUAAAAUAUCCUAGUUCUCCAUACAGCUCACAUAUUUCCAGGUCCCCUCUGAACAUAUCACCAAGCUCAGGGCAUCAGUCUCCAGCAGGAAGUACCUCAUCCCCAGCAUUGUCCUACUCCUCUGCUGGAUCUGCUCGAUCCAGUCCUGCAGAUGCUCCAGAUAUCGACAAAUUAAAACUUGCUGCCAUUGAUGAAAAGGUGAAAGCUAUUCACAAUUUGAAGAUGUUUUGGACAAGUACUCCACAACAGACAUCAGGUCCGAUAAAAAUAUUACGUGGAGCUCCAGGAACAAUGACUUCAAAGAAAGAUGUUCUUAGUUUGUUGAACCUCUCUCCUAGACAUAGUAAGAAAGAAGAAGCUGCAGAUAACCUUGAACUGAAAGAAUUAUCUGUUCAGCAGAAAAACAUUGAUGCUGUCCCACAGAUUCCUCCGAAUGGACAUAAACAGACUGAAAAUAUUAAUGUAGCAAAUGUGACUCAAUCUACACCAUCCAUUAAUCUACCUGGAACACUUCGCAGCAUAAAACUGAGUUCUGGAAAUGGAUAUAAGUUCCUUUCACCUGGAAGAUUUUUUCCUUCUUCCAAAUGUUAAAUUGUCUUUUAUACGACUUUUACUGUGGUAUUGCCAUUUGUAUUUUAUGUCCAAUUGCCUUCAUUUUGUGAAAGACUAAAAUAUUACACAUGAAGCAGUGGUUAUAAUGAAAUAAAUAUAUAAUAUAAAAGCUCUCUAAAACCUAAAACUAAUAUUUGUAAUUACAUUUUACGGAAUUAUAUUUCGAAAUUCAAAGUGUGUAUUAUGUAUCAUUAACAGCAGAGGAAGGUAAGACACACAAAACCAUUUUGAUAUGCAGGCAGAAGAGGUAUUUGUUAUGCAAGCUCGGAAUCAAAUAAAAUGUUUAUAACAAGGGCCACGGACUAACACUGUACUAAAGCUUGUAUUUUUCAUGUCCUGUGUGGCCAUCUUCGGUACAGUUUUCUAAUAGAUCAACAGACAAAAUCAAUGGGUUGGACAGCAUGGAUGUUUCCUUAUUUGGGUCAUGUUUGUAUAAUUAUGUACAUCCAGCAAAAUCAUGUAAAUAUAAUCUGCUGAAAACAAAACUACAUGUAAAUGAUUAUAUUCUAUUUUUCCUAGUUCCCUGGUCCUUGUGAUUCUCUAGCCCUAGCUCUUAAUUAGGUGUAAUAAUUGUAAACUGUGAUAAUUAGCUUGGUUUGAGCCCCUUAUUUAAGUCAUAUUGUUCACAAAUGAAAAAGCUGCAGCUGCUUACAUUGAUAGAUAUAUUGACAAGUUAGUUUGUAGCUGUUCCUAAAUUGCUGCCAUUCAACUAGACAUCCAUGUAUAUUGCUAAACAUAGUGAAGCCAGCACAACAUUAUAAUUCAUACAUAUAGAUUUAUAUAGAUACAGAAUGAGCAUGUUAUAUUAGUGUCUGUGGUCUAAACAGGCCAGAUCUAUCAUCUAUUCAACCCUUUGACACUUGAAUUAGUCAACAAGAAAACUGUUGCUUGCAUCAACCCAGGUUGGUUGGUCUCUGGCAGAAGAUGGUAAUGCUGAGCAAGGUUGUGAAAGGUAUUUCAGGAAGGAAAAAAAACGCUAUAGGAUGGAGGAGGGUUAAUGCUGUUACAAUAAAAAAAAAUUAAAAAAUCUAAAGCCAAAAAAUGUAAAUGUAGCAACACAUUCUAUAUAACGAAAGCAAUAUUUAAAAUACUACUUAUAAUUUAUUCUUCAUUUGUUUUUACACCACAUUACUGAAUUUUAGGGUAUACAAAGUCAGUGGCAGAGACUCUUACUGCAUAGUCAGUGACCCAACAGCUUGUCCGCAUUUAGUAACCGUAACAACCAAUGUGAUGUUUUUAAACGGCUUACUGCUGCCUGCUGAAAGGUUGCUGUUGGUAACUUGUAGGGAUGCACCGAAUCCAGGAUUUUGUUCGGGAUUUGGCCUCUUUCAGCAGGAUUCUGAUUCAGACGAAUCUUUGUAACUGGCCGUACCGAAUCCGAAUAUUAAUUUUGCAUAUGUAAAUUAGGAGCGGGGAGGGAAAUCAGGUAACUUUUUGCCACAAAACAAGGAUGUAAAAAAGCGUUUCCAUGUUUUCCUUUUCCUUAUGCAAAUUAGGAUUGGGAUUCGGUAUUCACCCAGUUCCUUCACAAAAGAUUCAGGGAUUCCGCCCAUCCCUUGUAACUAGAUACGAAGCAAAUUUCAGACCAUUUUUUACAUGAUCCCUACUGCUUACCGUAUAUUAAAAAAACCAAAAGAGGAGCACUUGAGUAAAUGUGCAUCAAUUUCAAGUUUAGAGGACUUUGUAUACAGACAGCAGUUUUCAAGUUUGAAUUCGAGUUUUUUACUAUAUUUGAAUUUUUAGUGGAGAAAAAAAUAGAUUUUUUUCGGGGUUUUCCCUGAACCGAUUUAUUUGUUCUUUUUUAAUAAAUAAGGUCAAGUCGUGGAUUUUAGUUUGGUCUGACUUUAUUUUUUAAAUAACUAUUUGAUCAAUAUGGCCCUAAAUGUAGUCAUACUCCCUUGCACUACUUUUACAUUUUUUUUAACUGGGCUAUAGCAGAAUACAUUUUAGGGGCUUAAAAAUAUUACAUUUGGUUGAAUAUCCGUGCAGUAUAUAAUUACUGUAUGUUUGUCAAGUACAGUUUAAUGCUGACCAUGCUUUGGGCAUAGAUUAUUGCAUAAACGGAACAAUUGAGUGAUAUAUUGCCAACUGGAAUUUAUGGUUCUCUGGUUAAUGAUGUAUUCUGUUGUGUUUUGAUUCUACUAACACAUUUUUAAAUGUAAAACUUGUGUAUUAACUCUCUGUAUCACUGAAUAACUUCCAAAACAUGAUGCAAACACAUUGGUAGGGCUAAUGGCUGGAUCAUACAUCCCUGCCUGAUUGAUGUAUCUAAGGAGGAGGAGGAGGCAGUCCUCAACAGAAUACAUUAUGGUAACAGCUACUUCCUAGCUCUGGUGUAAAAUUUGGGAUACAUUGGAAACACACAUUUUUGGCCUUUCCCCCAGCCAUCCAUACGUGUCCGCAAUUUGCCUAAACUAAUUUGAAUGAUAGAACUGGAACUGGUAAAAAGUGGGACAAUUGAAAUUUAAGGUCCCACCAAAAAGUAUGCUCUAAAAGUAUUACCUGAUAGUUCUCAGACUAUUUUUCCUGGUCCUAGGGACAGGGUGUGAGCAGAACAACAUAACACAUACCUCUCUGGCUGCAUAUUGUUUAGCGCAUGCACAUCAAUCUUUGUCGUUGUGAUAGUUGGUAUGAUGCCUUAGUUCUCCAUAAUGAAAGCCUCACUUGGAACACAGGCCCAGACUUAAUUCCAUGAGAACAUUUUAUUUAAUGGUUUAUUAUGUGAAAACUUUAAGAAGAACAACUUUUUUUCCUAAUUCAGUUCCAGUUUUUCCCCCAGACCGUUAUCAUGUGAUCAUUUUUUCUUAUUGCAUUACAUCUGACUCUAUGGGAAAAUUUGAAAUUGAAUUAGAAGAUAAGUCUCAUCUUAUUGAAUCUGGCCAUGGUGUCAAAUCAUAGGACUCCACUGCCCAUACAUUAAUUUCUACAAGUAAAUGCAAACACUUUAGAUCUUCCACAAAUGUGGGCCCUCCAUUGUAUUUAGUUUUGAUGCACUUUAUAGCCCUUACAAUCACUGUAAUACAUAAGCAUGACCACACGUAUCAGAGAACUUUAACACCAUGAUCUCACAUUUGAAACAAUUUGUACAGGAUUUAGAAACAUCUCAAGUUUUGCAUUUUCUCCAAAGGCUGGUAAAUGAAAGUGACUGAAAUGCAAUUUUAUACAUACAACUAUAGGAGCUGGGUGAUAAUGCUUUUGUCUGUAUUAGGACAGGUUUCUCUAUGACAAAAUCUUGAAUGGAAAACAAAAACCCUGCUUCCCUGAAAUAUUUUAGCCACUGAUCAAUUUACAAGAUUCCUUUUUGUAACUGUACUUUGAAGCUCUAAGCUUAACACUACUGUUGUACCCACAUAUCCCUAUGCAAAACAUUUGAUUCCUAAAAUGGGUCGUCAGGUGGGAUUUUUUUUACGAUGCCCAUGGAAGCCGUGUAAAUAUUACAUUGUUCAAAGCUGCAUGCUUGUUUUGUGGUCUGAGCCCUUGAACUCCAUCUGUGUUUGUGUAUCAGUGGGAUUGAUAGAGCCAAUAUAAAAACCAAUCUGGAUGAUCGUUUAUGUUCCUUAAAGAGAGCAUUUGCUAAUGAAAAAGAAAAAAAGCUGUUGCAAGAUAUCUGUACCAACCUCAGAACGUUCUUCUGUAUCUGUGUUUCUGAUCUAUCUGGACUUUUUUGUAAAUUAGACAAUGUUUUUUUUUCUGGGCCGCACUAAACUUUUUUAUAUAAUUAUAAAAAUUUACCUUGUAAAAAGUAUUUCAUAUUUUUUAUUGAAACUGCAAAGGCAUUUUGCCUAUUUCUUUGUGACCUAAGUGUUUAUUAAAGCAUGAAAGU